GUGAGGAAGUGAAAAUCAAGAGUUCAGCUCAACUCAAUAUUCUGCAUUAAAGCCUUUUUCAGUAUAUCUGCAACACAUUGGUCAUUUUUGUGGUCUAUUGCAAGUCUUAAAAUAAAUUAAACAGGAAACAGCAACACAACUGGUCAUGUCAGACAGCCUUCAAUCAGCCACUCUGAUUGUAGUUUUAGACAUCAAAUACCAGUUGGUACAAGUGCUUUUAUAAUUACUGAUAACUACAGCAGUAAAAGAUCAGGAUUACUAUAAAGAGAAGAAUGGAGAUGAGUGAGGAGAUUUAUCAAAAUGUAGAAGUUGAAUCAAAUAAUAGAGGUGAUUCCUGUGACAGUGAGCAUUCAUAUGAAGAUGUUAAUGUGAAUAAGAACAAUUUGCAGACCAAAAGGGCCAGAAGCUUCAAACAAUCUGAGAGCUCAGGAGGAGAGACUACAAGAAGCCAAUGUUACAGACUGACUGCAGUGUGUUUGCUGGUGCUGUGUGUUCUUCUGAUGACUGCAAUCACAAUUCUGUGGAUCAAAUUCAACACACUUGAUGCUGAAAUCAACACCCUGAAUAAAGAGAGAGAUCUGUUCCAGACCAGAAACAACACCCUGACUAAAGAGAGAGACCAGUUACAGACCAGUUACAACACCCUGACUAAAGAGAGAGACCAGUUACAGACCAGUUACAACACCCUGACUAAAGAGAGAGACCAGUUACAGACCAGUUACAACACCCUGACUAAAGAUAGAGACCAGUUACAGACCAGUUACAACACCCUGACUAAAGAGAGAGACCAGUUACAGACCAGUUACAACACCCUGACUAAUGAGAGAAAUAACUUACAGAGAGAUAAAAAUGAGCUCCAGAGGUUUUCUAAACUGGAAUGGAUAUAUUUCAGCACCAGUGUUUACUACAUCUCUAAUGUAGCUAAGAGCUGGCCUGAGAGCAGACAGGACUGCAGUGAGAGAGGAGCAGGCCUGGUGAUCAUAAACAACAGAGAGGAACAGGAGUUCCUCAGUAAAAUGCGGUGCAGCAGAAAAGCCUGGAUUGGUCUAAAUGACAGAGACUCUGAGGGAGUGUGGAAGUGGCCGGAUGAUACACCACUGACCACUGGCUACUGGGGACGUGGUGAACCUAACAAAUAUAGUGGAGAUGAGGACUGUGUUAUCACAGGUGAAAUGUCUGAUUCUAUCUGGACCUGGGCUGAUUAUCCCUGUCAUCAUAAGUUUAUUUGGAUCUGUGAGAAGACAAUCUUUAACUAACGAAAAGCAUUCAACUGAAUUUACAUCGUUACAUUAUUGUGUCUGAAAAAUCCUCAGCAUCAUAAUGUUGCCUGGUUUUCUAUUUUUCAUUCAGCAGCGACAUGGAAGCAUGAAUGUGGUUUAAUGUGAUCAAUCGUUUUGUUCUGUGAUGACAAAGUGACUUGGUUCACUCAAUGUUAUAUUCUCCCUUCUGUUGGCUUUCUUCUCUGUCCUUUAUUUUGUUAUUAUUUGUAUACAUGCUACGAGAUCGAAGAAAAAGAAACAGAAAAAGAAUAAA